GCGCUGGCAGGGGUCGGGCUGGUGAGUGGCGAUGAGGCUGCGGGAGGCUGCGCUGUGGGGGACCCUCCUGCUGCUGCUGCUGCUGCUGCCGCCGCCGCUGCCCGGACGCGGCCGGCUGGAGGGGGCCCGCGCCAGGCUCCUGCGGAGGCGGCGAGCAGCGGAGCCGGGCUGUGGGGAGCUCCGCGGGUUCGAGCCCGUCCUGGGCAACAACACCUACCAGUAUGUCUUUGAUGACUUCAGCGGUACUGUAUCGCUCUCCUGGGUUGGAGACAGCACUGGAGUUAUUCUUGUCCUGACCACAUUCAAGUUACCGCUGCUGUUCGUGAGUUUCAAGCAGUCCAAACUCUACAGGAGCGAGGACUAUGGAAAAACUUUCGUAGACGUCACUAAGCUCAUUAACCACACCUUCAUCCGGACGGAGCUCGGGAUGGCCAUCGGACCAGAGAACUCAGGGAAGGUGAUUCUGACUGGGGACAUACCUGUGCCUGGAGGGAGCCAUGGAGGAAAGAUCUUCAGAUCGUCUGAUUAUGCUAAGAACUUUGCUCAGACAGAUCUCCCCUUUCAGCCCCAGAGUCAGGUCAUAUACCACCCGCAGAACUCCGACAACCUGCUGCUCCUCAGCACUGAAAACAGUCUUUGGGUGUCCAGGAACUUUGGGGAGAAGUGGGAAGAAAUCCACAAAGCUGUUUGUCUGGCAAAAUGGGGCCCGAACACCACCAUCUUCUUCACCACCUACCUGAAUGACUCCUGCAAAACUGAUCUUGGGUUUUUGGAGCUAAAGAAAACCAGUGACUUUGGCAAAAGCUUCAAGACAAUAGGAAACAAAAUCUACUCGUUUGGUCUGGGAGGUCACUUCCUGUUUACUUCCGUGGUGACGGAGAAGGGCAAUACAAGGAGGAUCCAUGUCUCAACUGACCAAGGGGAGACCUGGAAUAUGGCCCAGCUUCCAUCUGUGGGUCAGGAGCAGUUCUUCUCCAUCCUGGCAGCUAACGAGGACAUGGUGUUCAUGCAUGUGGAUGACCCUGGAGAUACUGGAUGUGGCACAAUCUACACCUCCGAUGAUCGAGGCCUCAUAUACUCCAAGUCCCUUGAACGGCAUCUCUACACUGGCAUUGGGAGUGAAACUGACUUCACCAAUGUGACCUCGCUGCGGGGUGUCUAUAUCACCAGCGUGCUCUCUGAAGACCGUUCCAUCCAGUCGGUGAUCACCUUCGACCAGGGCGGUGAGUGGUUGCCGCUGAGGACGCCUGUCAACGCUAAGUGUAACUCUGCAGCAAAGAACAAGGAGGAGUGUAGCCUUUACAUCUAUGCAUUGUACGGCAUCUCCCUGAAUCACAACGUGCCCAUGCUGCCUCUGUCUGAGCCCAAUGUGGUUGGAACAGUCAUCGCUCACGGCAGCGUGGGGGAUGCCAUCUCCGUGGUGAGCCCAGACGUUUACGUAUCGGAUGAUGGGGGCUAUACCUGGGCACGGGUGCUGGAAGGACCACAUCACUAUGCCAUCCUGGACUCCGGGGGCAUCAUCGUAGCCAUUGAGCACAGCCUCGAGCCGAUCAAUGUGAUUAAGUUCUCGACGGAUGAAGGCCAGUGCUGGCACAAGUACACUUUCUCCAAGGAGCCCAUUUACUUCACGGGUCUGGCGUCGGAGCCAGGAGCCAGAUCUAUGAACGUCAGCCUCUGGGGCUACAGAGACACUGUCUUGCCCCGCAAGUGGGUCUCCUACACCAUUGACUUCAGUCAUCUCCUCAGCAGAAACUGUGAGGAGGAGGACUAUACUAUCUGGCUGGCUCACUCCAGCGAGCCCGGCAGCCGCACUGAUGGCUGCGUUCUGGGCUAUAAGGAGCAGUACCUGCGUCUCCGCAAGUCAUCUGUCUGUCAGAAUGGCCGGGAUUAUGUGAUGAUCAAGCAGCCAUCUGUCUGCCCGUGCACGCUGGAGGACUACCUCUGCGAUUUUGGCUAUUUCCGCCCUGAAAACCAAUCUGUCUGUGUGGAGCAGCCGGAGCUGAAGGGCCAUGACCUGGAGUUCUGUCUCUAUGGCAGGCAGGAGCUGCUGACGACUAGAGGGUAUCGUAAGAUCCCGGGAGACAAAUGUAGCGGUGGGAAGAGUCCAAGCCGUGAGGUGACAGACCUGAAGAGGAAAUGCACCAGCAACUUGUUGACCCCCAGCCAACUGUCUGCUGCCUCCAACUCUGCUCCCAUAAUCCUGGCUGCUGUGGGUGUGAUGCUCCUCAGCAUCAUAGCUGGAGUCCUGAUCAUUAAGAAAUACGUCUGUGGGGGCAGGUUCCUGGUCCAUCGCUAUUCCGUCCUGCAGCAGCAUGCAGAGGCGAAUGGGGUGGAAGGGGUUGAUGCUCUGGAGGCAGCCAGCCCCACAAAUAAAGGGGGCUACCACGAUGAUUCUGAUGAGGACCUCCUGGAGUAGGGGCAUGUCGCUCCUCGCUGGCACUGGGACAAGUGGGUUUGGACACUGCCACGGAUCUGAAGAACAGCAACUGCCUCCUCCAGCCCUCGCUUCUCCGCGCUGGCUGCCUGUCCCUUUCCGAGGAACUCCAUGCUCCUGUCGCUUCCCUUGAGACUGUCCAGAGCCGGUGGGGGGUGGGUGGGGGCGGGCUUAAUUUAUCUUUAUUUUAACUAGAUUUCUUUCCAGCUUUUUGUUUUUUAAGGAAGACUAAAUAGGAAGGUUAAACCAGCAUUUCACUAAGCACUAACCAUUACAAAGGUGCAAUUCACCCUGCUGCAGAGAGAAGGCUCUUAACUCCAGCGUCACCCCUCGGGGCUCAUCUCUGCCUCGGCGUGGCCUGGGCAAAGCUGCUGCUGGCACUGGCCUACCACCACCACUUCACCUAGCGUGGGCAGGCCUCAGGGUUCCUGCCAGGACGGCAUGUCACUGAGCCAGCACCCUGCAGGGCCACGUGCCAAAACAAGGGGGGCAGAUGCCUUGGAUUUCUUCAUCAGAGAAGUGAUUGGAUGAAACCAACGUGGCGCGUAAAGUUGAGUUCAUCUCCACACCAGGAGUAACUGCUGUGACUGGCCCUUGUGGAACCGAAGCACUGAACUGGGAAAGCACCAUGUCUGCAAACACUGGCAGUAGCAGCAGGGGAGGGAAAGGGGUUGUUUUCAGUUCUGGAAUAAGUGCAGCAGAAAACUUGGUAGGAAUAAAUCUCCUGCUUGCUGGUGUGUUCUUCGGGAUGGUGGGAAGCGUGUUCCAGGUGAAUCUGUGCACUGAAAUGUCAGUGCUCUGGCGAAGAGCCCCAGGGCUUUGUUUAAUGGAGCGGAAGAGAAAGGCUCCUAUUUUUCUAACAUCUACCUGUCCCGUCCCCGUCCCCCCCCGCCCCAAAGUGGUAGGAGGCCAGCUGUUUGAUAGCUCCUAGAAGUGCUGUUGAUGUGGCCAGGCCUGGCGGUGGCUCACAGACACACUGCCUAUUACAAACAGGAUCUUCAGUGCCCUGCCCUUCCCAGCAGUACCGCGUUUGGGUGUGAUGUCGCCUGACAAACUGUAAGCUGCUGCUCUAGGUGCAUUUCCACUCAGCCGAGUACAUUGUGCAAUGUGACCAUGUCCCUUUUUAAAUGUCCAGUUGUCCUCUGCAAUAGAUGCUGCCCCGCUGAUUGCGGAGGGCGUGUUUAGGCCAAUGUCUGAUUGGCCUUUGCACUUGGAGGGCUGGGUGAUAAAAAGUGAAUGUAUAGAACAGUCUGACAGAUAUGACUGGUGUUCAUUCUCCAGGGCUAGGUCCCAGUGGGCUGCCAUUUGUCCGGUGCCUUGUUAGGCACCAGCAUAGGCCAAGAUGCAAGGAGCAUCGUUCGACCACAGGCCGACAGGAGUCUCAAGGACUGGUAUUUUUCAAACUUGGCUUAUUUGAACUGAGCCAGGGCUUGUCCAGAAUUGUCCAGGUUCCUGUCCCAUUAGCAGCUUUCCCUCAACUUUGCUGCUCUUGGCCACAUUAAACCCAUUUAUUGCAACUCUUCUCGUUGCUAAGUUCCACCCUUGGCAGGGCCUUAGGCAUUGCUCUGUUCAGUGUUGCAGCACCAGCUGACUUAAGAGCAUAAUGUUUUCAAGGGAGCUUGGGGUCUGUCUACACUGCCUGGGUUAGCAGGACUCCAGCUGGCAGACAUAUGGCUUGAAUGUCUACACUCAUUUGUAACCCCAGGUUCGGAAGUCUUGAACCCUGGGUCCCAACCUGAGCUCCAGCAUCUACUGCAGUGUGCAGGUCUGAGUCCAGCCACCGUCACCCCCAGGCUUCCUAGUUCCUUCCUUAAACGUUGCCACUGAAGCUCUGUGUUCAUGGUGCAGCAUGGGAAAACAUGACUGUCCAGGUGACAAAAGAAAUUUGCCCCCAGGACUGGGGGGGCUUUUGGCAGACUCCUGGAGCAUGAGCCCAGAGGGGCUGUGUUUAUACUGUGUUUAUACUGCAAAGCAAUAGGGUUUGAACCCUGGGUCCCAACUUGACUCAGGCUCACAUCCUCCACCCCUGUGGGGUCCUGGGUCCAAACCCUGGGUUAGCAUGAUUUGUGUGUAGAUGAAAGGGGGGUUAAGCUUGAGCCUGAAUUCGAACCCUGGGCUUACGCUGCAGUGUAGACAUACUCUUAGGCUCCUGAGUUUCACUGAAAGACAAUAGGAUUUAGGCUCCUAAGUCAGUUAGGUGUUGCAAGAAGGAGUGGAGCAGCCCUUAAAUACCUUCACAGAAAUCUGGCUGUAAGCUACCAAACUCUUGUUACCCUGGGACUUUCCUUUAAAAACUUACAGGCAGAGCCAUGCCAUUCCUGUGGCCACUAGAAAGUGCUGUUUCUCUGGGUACAGCUGGAAGGCUGCUCUCCGAAGCUGUGCUAUGUUUUGGAGUAGCCUGUUGCAAGGGAUCGAAUGCUCUCUGGCUAAGAGAGAGGCUGCUCGGUGGUGAAGGCAGAUCUGGGUGCAUUUUCCUGGGCAACACAUUGCCCAACUCUAUCCUUGUCCCCCCGUAUCCAGGCAGUCGUGUAGAAUAGGAAAGAAGUAGCUUAGCCUGUUUGCCUGGAGAGUUUCUGGCUCCCAGACUUGGUUUAGCUAAAUUUUUUUAAAGAAUGAGCUUUUGGGGAGCUUUUUCCUUUAGAAUUUGACUAGCAGCCAAAUAGCCGCAGCUGGCCAAAGCUCCAGGAGAACUCAGGGUCCAUGUUCCUCGCCAGCUGGGAACAAAGGGUGAAGAAUAAAUGAGAGGUGGCUGCUGUGUCUCUGGGAGGCUCCAGCAGACUGUCUCAGCACAGACACCUGGGGCAGAAUCAGAUGGCCAUGGCUCUUAGCACUCCAGGUGCCAGCCUGCAAGGGGAAACGGAAGCAGAGCAUUUGGGGGAUGAGCUGGUGGGCUGCAUGAAUGUAAAACUCUGGCUACGAAUUCUCAUGCUCUUGAGACCAGCCUAUUCUGAAGGAGUAGUCUCAUCUACAGGCUAUCGAGGAAGCUAGUAAACACUGGUUCUCUUUUGCACACCCCCUGCCCUAUUUCCUGCCCCUAAACCCAUCAGCCUUGAUGUUCAUUAUGCACGUGGUACGUUGGCGCAGAGAGCACCUGCCCCCCAGGAAGCUUGUGCUCCAUGGGGAUGAACGCAGUCCAGGGGAGAGACAAAUGACAUUUUUCUGGUGGGCGACAGUGCAUUUCCCAUGUGCCGAUGCCCUCGCUGGGUCAUGCGACAGCAGCCUUCCUUUCCCUGAGCAAAGCGCGCUGAUAAUGCUGCAGCUCUGUCCCUGCUGAAUGGUUGCUGCCAGAGCACUGCCCUGGGGAUGCUGCUGUCAUGUGGCAUUAAGCCCAAUGCUGCCCCAGUACCCUUGGUUUACCAGUGUGGCUGCAGGGCAGAUCAACACAGGGAUGCUGUGCCAGGUAGUCAGCCCGUGCUAUGUCCCCACGUAACUGAAGCCAGAGCCCCUGCCCUCCCAUGGAGAGUAUCUCAGGGUCCAGGUCCAGGGAAGGCACACGGGAUGGGAUGAAGGUGUGUGGCGUGUUCUGUAAACAACCCUGGCUGGGGUAUAACUUUAUACUAGAGAGACAGGGUGGGGAGGGGAUCUUUUAUCGGCCCAAUGUCUGUUUGGUGAGAGAGAAGUCAGGGCUGGGGAAUGACUUUGUACUGGGAUUUUUCUGUAUAUUUGCAAUAUUUGGGUUAGAAAUAAAAGCCAAAUGGACUUUA